AUGGCGGAAUGUGAAGUUCCUUCGUUCUCUCUAGGGUUCGAUCUUGAUCUCCAAGACUCGCCCUCACAUUCACCCAAUCCUGAUCCGCACCUAAUAGUACCAGACUCCGAAUCCGACCCGGAAACCCGGCCCGAUCCACCACGCCGCAUCUUCAAACGCCUCCGCCGUGGUCUCUCAACCUCCUCAGUUCACCACAAAACCGAACCGCCUCCGUGCACAGACAUAGACGAUGAUGAUAUCGAGGAGUUCUCAGAUCAAGAUGAACCUGUUCAAGUAUCCGCACGUCCCUCGGUUCGGAAUCAAUCUAUAUGUCGCAGCUCAAAAGUGUCAUUGAAAAGUAUUGGAGUUUUAACUCCUCAUAGGGAUAAAAAAAGAAAGCCGGGUUUAGAAAUUCCCCAUUCUGUUGAGUUGGAGACUAGCCAUUGUGGGUCCAUGUUUCGCAAGUUAAUGGCUAGUCCUCUUCGCAGGUUUCAAUUAAUUGAAUCUGACGAUGAUGAUGAUAUGGUUGGUGAGGAUGUCAAUGGUGGAAGUAAACUUGGACCUUCCUCGUCAACGGGGUCAAUGUGUAAUAGAAACACACCUGUGAUUUCUUUGGAACGAGAUGGCAAGAAGCAAUUUGAUGAUGUGAACCGAAAUAAGAAGGAUUUGCCGAUACAUCUUUCUCCGGUGAAGAAUUUCCUCAUUCCUAGGGAUAAACAAGCUUCUGUUGGAUUGGAAACAGGCCAGAGUGGGUCGGUGUUUCCCAAUGGCAAGUUAGCAGCUAGUCCUCUUUGCAGGUUUCCAUUGAUUGAAUCUGAUGAUGAUGAUGAUGAUGAUGAUGAUAUGGUUGGUGAGGAUGUUAAUGGUGGAAAUAAACCUGGCCCUGCCUCGUCGACGGGGCCAGUGUGUAAUAGAAACACACCCGUGGUUUCUUUGGAGCAAGAUAGCAAGAAGCAAUUUGAUGAUGUGAACCAAAAUAAGGGGGAUUUACCGAUACAUUUUUCCCCGGUGAAGAAUUUCCCCAUUCCUAGUGAUAAACAAGCUUCUGCUGGAUUGGAAACGGGACAGAGUGGGUCGAUGUUUCCCAAUGGCAAGUUAGCGGCUAGUCAUCUUCGCAGGUUUCAAUUGCUUGAUGAUGAUGAUGAUGAUGAUGAUGUUAUGGUCUGUGAGGUUAAAGUUGGCCCCUCCUCAUUAACCGGUAACCGAAACAGACCUCCUAGUUCUUUGAAACAAGAUAAAAAGGUACGGUUUGUUGAAGCAAACCAAAAUCAGAAACAUCUUUCCCCGGUGAAGAAGAGUUUUUCUAUUCCUACACCUGCCUUCCGUGAUGUGUGUGAAGAGUACUUCCAUUCUGCCAAGAACACACAGAUGCCGAAAUCUAAUGAGCCAUAUCGUGGGGCUAAUUCUGAAUGUCAAAAGAAUGAACAAAUGUGGGGAGCGGCGGGUCCUCUUCCUCCUGCUCAUCGUUACUUUUUCCACGACAAUCCAAAAAUUCAGCAGUUAGUUCGCAAUCGCCUGUGUAAUUUUUCUCCAUUAGGUGACAACACAGUGAAUCAACAAGAAAAUAUUGAUUACAUAGGACAAUUUGACAAUGGAGGAUCAACAAGCAGAAGAAGCAAAUCAAAAAAUUUGAAUGGUUCUGAAGGUUGGGUAGAUCCCAAAAUCAUUUCUAGUAGUACUAGAAAGAAAGCAACAAAGAGAAACAGCACUAAGAAAAAUAAUGAAACUAGCAAAUUAAACUCUUCAAAUGAUUCUGCAAGUUGGGUGGAACCAAAAGAUGCAGGUCAAAGGCGUGUACAAGCAAGCGGUGAACCGGCUGGUCAUUGGUAUACGGGAUCAGAUGGAAGAAAGGUUUAUGUCAACAAAAGUGGGAAGGAGUCCACAGGGCGAAAUGCUUAUAGAAAUUAUCGGAAGGAGAGUGGAGCAGCAUCCCAAAAAUCCAAAAAGAAAACAACUGCCAAGAAGGGAAAGUAA